CUUAUACCUUAAUAAAUUGUUUACAUUUCCGAUCGUGUAUACAUAUACUUUAUGAUAAUCAGAAAUCAAAAAACCACUUUGUAGGUAAAGCUUCUGAAACUUGAAUAUAAUAAAUGGAUGGAAUCGAAUCAAAUAGGAUUGACUUUGACCCACCACGCGGGUUAAGUACAGAUUCGUGGGUAUUAACUGCAAAUGUAGGACCAGGACCGGUCACCCUUCUUAUUACCGGCUCUAGAGCAGGUUGCUUAACAAUCUUAUCGUAAGCCGAACCCGCUUACCACUACGCCAUCGAUCGCCAUUUCAUUAUUUAUUAGAAGGGCCCACUAAAUAAGUAAAAAUAAUUCUACGAAAAAUGCUUUAUGCUUAUUUGUUUGAAGAAUAUAUACUUUUAUUAGUGCGUGACUUUUUUAAAUUGAAUAUAAUUAAAGAGUAAAGUUUAUAAUAUAUCACAUAUUUUGACAACAUAUAUCGCUUACACAUUAUAUCAAUACAAUAGCCAUAUGGAAAAAUACUAAAGUAACAAAUUGUGCAUGGCAACAAAUAGCUAAAGUUGGCUUCAGUUUAGUAUCAGUAGUAAGCACUAAGCGGAGCCUUCCCUGAAAGCUCAGGUAAACUUCAGUUAAAAGCUUAUUUGAUGGGUAUCGGUCAUCUAAUCUAUACAAACAAAUUAAAAUUGAGUGUCUGUUUGUAAUAUUAAAAAAACCGUUUUUCACUGAAUACAUAGGUAUGUGUGAUGUAUACACGGUACAUAUGCAAAAAAAAAAUAUAUUUUUAAAUUUUUUGUCUGUUUUUUUGUACCGGUUAAUCUCUGAAACGGUUAGACCGAUUUUGACGGCAUUUUCACUGACUGAUAGCUUAUGUCAUAAGGGGUAAUUUAGGCUACUAAUAUAAGGCUUAAAUGUAAUAAGGCGGGCAAAGCUAGUUGAUCAAUAAAACAAUGACCACACAACGAAAUCGCGGAACAGAAAUCUUGGCGGUCAUCUACCAGUGUGCAUGGAUCAUAAUUCCAUUGUUCACCUUGUACAGGUACAAAGACAUCGCAUGUCGGCCGGAACUACUACCCCACCGUCUGUUCGCAGACCAAUCCUCAACUUCAGAAGGAGUUUGAAUGCUUCUUCUGAUGAUGGCGGAUCUGUUAACACAGGUAGCGGUAAAACUAGCGGCUCUACCGCAAAGGAUUAUGUGGAGAGUUUACAUCAAAACUCGACGGCAACGCUUCUGUACGGCAAAAACAACGUCAGGGUACAACCGAAAGACGUUGAAGAGCCGAUGCCCGGGUACCUGAGCUUGCAUCAGACUGCAGCAGGCCUUGUCAUCAAGUGGACUCCCAACCAACUCAUGAAUGGUUACGCUGAGAGUGAAGGUAUCGACAAAAGCGCUACGCCUUGCACUGUCUACAGGCGACUUUGUAAAGGACCUCUAUGUAUAGAUUGCGUAUACUGGGCGAUGUCACUGCAAGUGUGUGUAUGGGAGGUUGUAUACGUUCACGUGCACCGGUCCCAAGCCGGCGAUGCUCUCAUUUUAGUGGGACAAGAUGGCGUCCAGAGACCUCCUAUACAGUUUCCAAAAGGUGGACACCUAUUAUCCUUUUUGAGCAAUCUGGAGACAGGAUUAUUGCCACACGGACAAUUGGAUCCACCGUUAUGGUCACAACGAGGAACUGGAAAAGUGUUUGGUCGAGGUAAAAGUCGUCGUCGGCCGAUGCCAAGUCUUUGCGAGAGUGGGGAGAAUGAGGAGGCCGAGUGGGAGGAAGCCGCCGGUGACUACGUGUUCAGGAUUGUGAACAAUGCUAUCACAGAUAGAGAAGCAAUGAGGCACUCGUUGUUAGAGCGUGCGGUAUCUUCUCCGCCUAGAACGCCUCGAAGACCACUGGCCUCAACCUCUACGACUUCUUCAGACUCUUCUACAAUGUCUGUAGAUUGUCCGCAGUCGGCUGGACACAACGGCGUACCUCAACAAAUAUUACCCCCACCAAUUCCCGUUGAAGAGCCUGCAUCUAUCGAACUGGUGUGCAGUACAAUGCGUCGCCAGAUAAUUUCGAGGGCGUUCUACGGAUGGCUCGCGUACUGUCGACACUUGUCCACAGUGAGAACGCAUUUAAGUGGACUUGUUCACGCUAACAUCGUACCCAGAGAAGGUACAGAAACAGGUUUGACGGAAGAAUUGUGGAGAUCUAUGACCGAUGAGCGAGGUGCGGUGACUGAUAAAGACGAGGUGUACCGUCAAGUUUACUACAAGGGCGUACAGCAUGAGAUUCGGCGGGAAGUGUGGCCCUAUUUAUUGGGCUACUAUGAGUUCGGUUCAACGGCAGAAGAAAGAGUGGAACAAGACGCGGCGUGUAGGCGGCAGUACGAGACCACAAUGUCAGAGUGGUUAUGUGUGGAGGCGAUAGUUAGGCAACGAGACCGCGAGGCUACGGCGGCGUCUAUAGCGCGACUCACUGAGGCUUCUGGGAAACUCAAGCCUGCCGAACCUAUUGACCCUGAGGUAUUUGAAGAUGACCUCAGUGUUAUAUCCGAUAAUCCACCGAUCGUAUCACCGGAACCUAGCGAAAAUGAACAGAAAAGGCCUGAUACUAAGCCGAUUCUAUCAAGAGCCCCGAGCAUAGAUGAAGUGGACAAUAUUGAAUUAGACUCGGAAGGAAAAGAGAAGGAUGCCACGAAAAUAAACGGAGAGACUGAGACGGGUGAUAGUAGGGAUUUAGAUAUAGACAGUCUGAAAGACUUAGAUGAUGAAGAAGUACAUAUUAAGAGUAUUGUAGAGAAUCCAGAUUUGAGACGGGAAAGUAUAGCAGAAAUUAAGAGGUUAGCUGAAGGCAUUGUUCAAAAGGGCGAGGGACGAGGAUUAUUGUGUAGUGUGGAUAGUGCAAAUAUAAAUCUUAAUGGAAGCGAUUUAAGGUCAUCAAUAGAAGAGAGCCAACCUCUACAGUCGCCACAUCAGCAGCAUACCAGUGUAAUAAUAACGAAUCCUUCAGUGGAUAUAGCUCCUUCUGGUUCUCCGGCAUCUGGAGGAACUACAGCCAAUGUGAGUCCAGCUCGCAGUCCAUUGGGUGUGGUUCAGGAAGAGUCCCACUCAGCGGGCGCGUCGUUCGAUACUUUGGAGCCCGCCGCUGAUCAGCGACCUGACAACAGGUCCAACUGCGGCUCACCUGCUAGUUCCAACGGUGGCGUGUACUCGAACGAGCUGGUCGAGAGCUUCGCAUUGAACUUGCACAGAAUUGAAAAGGAUGUUCAGCGGUGUGACAGGAACUAUCCGUUCUUUACAGACGAGAACCUCGAUAAACUAAGGAAUAUCAUGUGCACUUAUGUCUGGGAACACUUGGAUACUGGUUAUAUGCAAGGCAUGUGUGAUCUCGCGGCACCUUUACUGGUGAUGAUGAGGGAAGAAGCUGUUGCGCACGCAUUGUUUGCGCGUUUAAUGGACAAAGCUAGAGAUAAUUUUCCAUCUGGGCAAGCGAUGGAUGCGCACUUUGCCGACAUGAGGUCGCUUAUUCAAAUCUUGGACUGCGAACUGUUCGAGUUGAUGCAUGCGCAUGGCGAUUACACGCAUUUCUAUUUCUGCUACCGGUGGUUCUUACUUGAUUUCAAGCGAGAGCUCCUUUACCAGGACGUAUUCGCGGCAUGGGAACUUAUAUGGGCGGCGAGAUACGUAGCGUCUGAACAUAUGGUACUGUUCAUUGCACUGGCACUGUUGGAGACUUACCGUGACGUAAUCCUGGCCAACACAAUGGAUUUUACAGACAUCAUCAAAUUCUUCAACGAGAUGGCCGAACGACAUGACGCUUCCGCAGUUUUAUCGCUAGCCAGGGAUCUAGUGCUGCAAGUUCAAACUUUAAUAGAGAACAAAUAAGAUACGAAUUAGUAUUUAUCGUUUGUACCAAACACAUGAUAUAAAACAGGUCAUUGGGCAUAUCGUGAUAAUGUACAAAUAUGUCAAUAGGGAUGGCAUGUUGAUGGAAAUAAGAUGCUGAACAGUAUAAUACAAUGGCAUUUAGUAUCUAUUGUUAUUUAUUAUAUUGCUAAUUGCAAUGUGGAAAAGGCCAAAUAAUAGAUUUAGCUUAAAUCAUGUAUAUUAUAUAUUAGAACUAUAGUUCGCUAUUUAUUUCACUGACGAUAUUUAUAAACAAAUUGAAACAAACAACGCAGAAUCGAAAUCUAUGAUGGUCAUCAGUUUCUGAUAGUUUUCCUUGAAAAUGGCUAUUGUGAAAUAUUUUUUGAAAUUAUAUUAGGAAGUUUUAUAUAUUGCGCUAAUGCAAAGAAUGUAAGUGAAAUAUACUUAAGUGUAUUUUUAUUUUAUCAUUAUUUUUAUAUUGGUAUUUAUUAUCUGAUAACAAUCUAGAACAACACGUUUCCUAAUUAAUUAUAAUGUUAUCCAGUCUAGAUGGAUGGCAUUAUUCUUG